AUGACAAUCACCGUCGGCGUGUUGGCCCUACAAGGCGCUUUCUUGGAGCAUCUGAUCCUGCUGAAGAAAGCGGCUGACUACUUGCAUCACCAAGGCAUUGCAGCCUCUUUCGAGUUUACAGAAGUCAGAAACGCCAAAGACUUGGCUCGUUGUGAUGCCUUGAUCAUUCCUGGUGGCGAGAGUACAACCAUUUCCCUCGUCGCCGCCCAGUCGGGUCUACUAGAACCGCUCAGGGAAUUCGUCAAGGUCGACCGUAAACCAACCUGGGGAACUUGCGCCGGCUUGAUCCUGCUCGCUGAGGCGGCUAAUGCUACUAAGAAAGGCGGCCAGGAGUUGAUUGGCGGCCUGGAUGUGCGGGUGAACCGAAACCAUUUUGGACGACAGGUAGAAAGCUUCCAAGCCGAUCUUGACUUGCCCUUCUUGCAAAACAAUGGCGCAGUCAACAAAAAGCCCUUUCCUGGCGUCUUCAUUCGCGCUCCCGUCGUCGAAAAGAUCCUUCCUAAUGUGGAAGGGAUCCAGACGGACGAACAGCAACUUGCCGAGACGGUCGUUGCUCCGUCGAAGUCUGCCAAAGACGAGCACGCCCGGCAGGCCAUGAGCUGUCAUGUGGACAUCAUGGGCAAGUUGCCCGGUCGCUUAAAGAAAGCAGCUGGCAUGGGGCCUGAUGUCCACGCCGGUGAGGAAGUGGGAGAUAUCAUCGCUGUCAAGCAAGGCAAUGUCUUCGGUACCAGCUUCCAUCCUGAGUUGACUUCAGACAUUCGCAUUCAUGUUUGGUGGUUAAGGCAAGUUUUGGAUGCGGUCGGCACGGCAAAUGGAGUUUCAUGA